AUGGAGGACGGAGUACCUAGUCCAUCAUCGAAAGCAUUCGCGAGCCGACUAUCCAAAUAUGCGUUUUCCGGUUCAACUUCAUCAUCCCCAAGUAAAUUACCGAGUUCGAUAGAUGCGGCGGGACCAUCAUCUCCUCUCAAGCGGAAAUCAAGUAGUACACCAAUAGUCGAAAUCUUUUCACCUAGUAAGAAUAGGCCGAAAGUGCUGACAACACCCAAGAGGACGAAGAAAAGGAAAGGAGAAGAUAAUGAUGAUGAUGAUGAUGAUGAAUACCAGGAAAUCUCGACGCCGUCUUCAAGUUUGGUGAAACAAGUGAUGGAAACACCUAAAAGGACUAAUAAGAAAGGAAAGAAACCUAGGGCAUAUGCACCUCCUGAAUUAUACGGUCAUUUGAAACCUGUCAAUGACUUGUUGAUCGAGAAACUGGAUAUCGUUUUCUGCGGAAUCAAGUAG